AUGGCCGCUGCUGCCUCCACCUCCAAGCCCUCCGAGCUCACCGCUCCCGUCAAAACCGCCCAUGCGUUCGACAAGAACACCCUCGACGCCCUCCUCGCCAGGCGAUUCUUCUACGCUCCUGCCUUUGAGAUCUACGGUGGUGUUGCCGGUCUUUACGACUUUGGGCCCACUGGUUCCGCCCUCCAGGCCAACAUUCUCGAUGCCUGGAGAAAACACUACAUCAUCGAGGAAGACAUGCUCGAGCUCGAUACCACCAUCAUGACUCUCGCAGAGGUUCUCAAGACCUCUGGUCACGUUGACAAAUUUGCCGACUGGAUGGUCAAGGACACCAAGACUGGUGAAAUCUUCCGAGCCGACCACCUUGUCGAGGCCGUCAUUGAGGCCAGGCUGAAGGGCGACAAGGAGGCCCGAGGUGUCAAGGAAGAGGUGAAGAAAGAGGAAGACGACAAGAAGAAGAAGAAGAAGAAGGCCGUCAAGUCUGAGGCCAUCAAGCUCGAGGACGAUGUUGUCGCCGAGUACGAAACCCUCCUCGCCCAGAUCGACAACUUUACCGGUCCCCAGCUUGGUGAGCUCUGCCGAAAGCACAAGAUCACCAACCCUGUCACCGGUAACGAGGUCUCUGAGCCUGUCGAGUUUAACUUGAUGUUCGAGUCCAACAUCGGUCCCACUGGUCAAAUCAAGGGCUAUUUGCGUCCCGAGACAGCCCAGGGCCACUUUGUCAACUUUGCUCGUUUGCUCGAAUUUAACAACGGCAAGGUCCCCUUUGCCUCUGCCCAAAUCGGUCGAUCUUUCCGAAACGAGAUUGCCCCUAGACAGGGUUUGCUUCGAGUCCGAGAGUUCACCAUGGCCGAAAUUGAGCACUACGUCGACCCCCUGGACAAGAGACACGCCCGUUUCAAUGAAGUCAAGGAUGUCGUCCUUACUCUUCUGCCUAAGGAUGUCCAGAGCGCUGGUAAGACCGACCUCACGCAGAAGACUGUCGGUGACGCCGUUGCCGAGGGCAUCGUCGACAACGAGACUCUCGGUUACUUCCUUGGCCGAACCCAAUUGUUCUUGACCAAGAUUGGUAUCGAUCCCACCAGACUGAGGUGCAGGCAACACAUGGAGAAUGAGAUGGCACACUACGCCGCUGACUGUUGGGACUUUGAGAUCCAGUCUUCCUACGGCUGGGUCGAGUGUGUCGGCUGUGCCGACCGUUCCGCCUACGAUUUGACUGUCCACUCUGUCCGCACCAAGCAGCCUCUUCGAGUCCAGCAGAGACUCGACGAGCCUCGCAUCGUCGACAAGCUCGAAAUCACCUUUGACGCCAAGGCUUUUGGUAUGAAGUUUAAGAAGGACGCCACGAUGAUCAAGGAAUUCUUGUUGAGCCUUGAAAAGGACAAGUUGCAGUGUAUCAAGGAUGAGCUCGCGGACAAGCAGACUUCCGAAGUUCAAUGCCCUGAUGGCAAGUCUUACGAGAUCAACUCUGAUCUUGUCAAAAUCAACCCCAUCACCGUGACCGAGCACAUGCGUGAAUUCACUCCCAACGUCAUUGAGCCCUCCUUCGGUAUCGGUCGAAUUCUCUAUUCUCUCCUCGAACACACUUACUGGGCUCGAGAACAGGAUGCUGCCCGUGGUGUUCUCUCUCUCCCCUCUAUCGUCGCUCCCAUCAAAUGUCUCAUCGUUUCCAUCUCACAGGAUGCUACGUUGAGGAACAAGAUCCACGAAAUCUCUCGACAGAUGAGGAAGCGUGGUAUCGCCAGCAGGGUGGAUGACUCUUCCGCCACCAUUGGUAAGAAGUAUGCCCGAAACGAUGAGCUCGGUACUCCUUUCGGCUGUACCGUUGACUUUGCCACUAUCCAAAACGGUACCAUGACCCUCCGAGAGCGAGACUCCACCCUGCAACUCAUCGGCUCCAUUGAGGAUGUGGUGUCUGUUGUGGACCAGCUUGUGAAGGGUACACUCGACUGGGAGGGUGCGAGCCAGAAGCUGCAGUCUUAUAGCGGUGUGCAGGAUGUUGAGGCUUAG